ACCGCUUGAAGCAUACGUGGCCUCGGCGUCAUGGAUUCGGAUAUCGAUUUGGAUCUCCCUCCAAAUUCGAUCACACAGAAAACCUUGAUUUUGAUCGACCAGUUCGAAUCACUCUGAAAUUGCGUUCCAAUCUAUUAUGGCGGGGAAGGAGAAGCCGAUGAUAAUUACAGACAAGAACCCGAUGAGGACAUGGACGAGGAGCAUGAGAUCCCAAGGCAAAACCAUUGCCUUCGUUCCCACCAUGGGAUUUCUUCACGACGGCCAUCUCUCUCUAGUCCAAGAAGCUCACAAGCACGCUCAACUCGUCGUGGUCUCAAUCUACGUAAACCCUGCCCAAUUUGCCCCUUCCGAGGACUUGUCCACCUAUCCUUCAGAUUUCGACGGCGACAUUCGGAAGCUCAUGGCGGUUCCUGGAGGAAUCGAUGUUGUUUUCCAUCCUCACAAUCUCUACGACUAUGGAGUCGAAUCGGAUUUGGAUCGUGGCGCAAAUGGCGGCGGUUCUGGUGGAAGGGCGACGGAUUCUUGCCUGGAGGAGUCUGGUUCAGAGCAUGAGACAUGGGUGAGGGUCGAGCGAUUGGAGAAGGGGAUGUGUGGGAGAAGUAGACCUGUUGUCUUUAGAGGAGUUGCGACCAUUGUUACCAAGUUGUUUAAUAUUGUGGAGCCUGAUGUUGCAGUGUUUGGAAAGAAGGAUUAUCAGCAAUGGCGGGUUAUCCGCCGGAUGGUUCGAGAUCUUGACUUUUCUAUAAACAUCGUUGGGUCGGAAAUCAUGCGCGACGCCGAUGGUCUUGCAAUGAGUUCUCGCAAUGUGAGGCUCACACCUGAAGAAAGACAAAAGGCAUUGUCUAUAAACAGGUCGUUGUCAAAAGCAAAAUCUGCAGCAGAAAGAGGUGAACUUAAUUGCAAGAGAUUAAAGAACUUGGUUGUGGAAGAAAUAGAAGAAGCAGGUGGGCGACUUGAUUAUGCUGAGAUUGUGGAACAAGAGAGUUUGGAGGUGGUGGAGGAGAUAAAGAGUCCAGUUGUGAUGUUGGUUGCUGCCUGGUUUGGCAAAGUCAGGCUCAUAGACAACAUGGAAAUAAGCAUUUGAAGAUGUAAUGCUCAUAUGUGUUUAAGCUUAUCUUAGGAGGAGUUGGCUUCUGAAUUAUGGCAAAGUUUUUAGAUGCAUAGAUUACAUUCUAUUAUAUUCAAGAAACUUUUAUUUUAAAGUUAAUUUGAUUAGGAAUUAAUAUAUUUGUGUGUGACAUAGUAAA